UUAAUAAAUAAUAAUAAUAAUUUUGCCAAAACAGAUGUCAAAACUUAUGAUUCCAGCAGGCUGUGAAGACUCUAAAUCAAAUAGUGAUGUACCAGAAGUUGCUGUAAAGGCUCCAAGAAGAAAGUAUAAGCAAAAGAUGUCACUCUGGAGCAAGACCAAAGAUGCUGAUGCAAAUACAUUAAGCAUUGAUGCUAGUACCAAGAGCUCUCAAGGCUUCUCUUCAAUGGGAGUCCUAGCCACCAAAACUUCUUUUUUCACCAAAGAAUCUUCAAUCAAUAAGUUCCUCGACAGCAUGAAUAUCAAAAAGGUUGACUUCUCAGGAAUUAUGAAAACGACUGUGGUCACUCAAGAGAAUAAAGUAAAAUUCCUAGGAAAUGGGCACACCAGUAUUCAAUCCAGAAAAGGCAUGUUCAAGGGAAGCAAGGUCUCCUCACUUUGGGAAAGAAGACAGAACCAGAGCAGAUUCACUCUCGAAGACAAUAAAUCGAGUUCUGGUUCAGACAGCGACUAAAUUCCAUUAUCGGAAGAUGUUGAUUGACUCCUGAUGGGACUUCCUUCAGGAUGAUCAUAUCUCAAUGAUUAGUCCAAGGACUGGUGCACAAUAAUUUCUUUGCCUCCAGACCUUGGAUAUGUCUAAUAAGUUACUCAUUUUACUUAUAAUUACGUUCAUUAACUUGUAAAGUUC